AUGUGUGUUCCAGAGUGUCUGCAGAGGGCUGUGGAAGGAAAAGCCGCCUCCGAUGAAGAUGAGGAUCACAGAGACACGGCAGAGGAGAAAGGACGCCACCUGCUGGACACAAAGAGGCACUGCACCAGAACGCACAGCUGUGGGAAAGGAUGUCCGGACAGAGCGCGACACAGAGGAACCAGUCUGAACCAGGACAACACCGAGGCCAAAGCACCAGACAAGACUCCUCAGUCCGUGGAUCGGUUGCAGAGAAUGUCUUCACUGGAGGAGAAGCUCCGGGACGCACUCUCUCUUCUUUUACAGCUACGCAAAAAGAACGUGUCCAGUCGAGCCUUGGGGAGGAUCGUCUUGGACACUUUAGAUCUGUGCUGCAGGAGCGGGGACGGACCGCCUCAGGUUCUGCACGUGGCCGAGGCGCUGUGUGCGCGGCUCUCCACCUCUGAGCUCUUCACAGACAGAGAAGGAGACUCAGAGACGGAGAAGCGGCUCCCCCUAGUGGCCCGUCAGAGCAACAGCACCAGCUCUCUUCUCAUCUCAUGUUAA